GGCAAAUUAUUCGUCGGGGAAAUUGACACGAGUGGCGAAAUACCUGGCACCGAAUUAUUCGACUUUAUUCUUCGCAACUUUCCGACAUUGGGAGAACUGUACAAUCUCGGGAGGCUUGGCGUUGAAGUGACUGCGCUGGUUGCGGUGUAUAUGCAAAAUUCGAAUAGGCGAGAGGAAGCUUACAUAUACAUAAGCACUGCAUUGAGGUUGGCUGUAUCUCAUGGUUUCCAUCGCGAGUCUCGAUUAGACAAGUUUUCCCAGUCCGAGAGGGUCAGGCUUAACCGGCUCUGGUGGACCGUGUAUAUGCAAGAGAGGCGCCUAGCAGCUGCGACUGGUAACCCAUCAGGUAUCAAUGAUGAAGCGAUCGAAUUGCCGCUACCAAAAGACGCACCAGGAUUUAGCCCUGCAGCGCCCCUGUGCACGAAUAUCAAGAUUGGCAGAGUUGUGGGAAGAAUCAUCAGUGGCAAUAUAUCGUCUGAAGAAGAAUUGUCCAGGACACCUCUUGGGAAGCUCACUGAAACUUGCAUCGAGGCCGCUCGACGGAUGCUGAAGGCCAUUAUCGUAUUGAAAAGCAAGAAUAUGCUAGUUAUUUUUGGCUUUUUUGACCUAGAAUCAGCAGUCUCAGCUGCUACUGUCAUGAUCCUCAUGGCACUAUAUAACUCUGUAUGCCCAGAUGAAGACCGCUUACAUCCAACGCCCGGACUUAAUGAUGCGCUUGAUGUGCUUCAAUUCUUGGCGGACAAGGGCAAUAUUUUCGCCUUGCAGCGGCUCCAGGAGGCGAGAAGACUUUGGGAGCUGACAAGAGCUUUCCUCCAAAGGGCUCGUGCGGAAACAAAUAGCCACAAUACGGCGUCUGAGUUGGACCACAGGCCUGAAUUCGCCACAGGUAACCCUGCAAACAACUACGAACAUAGCAGUUACCCUCCACCGUGGGAAACUGUAUCAUUACAACAACCGGACGCUGGGGAAAACCUUGCUGGCAAUGCGACCAACGACGCAAACGUGAUAAACAUGGCGACACUAGAUAAUAAUCUAUGGGAUGAAAUCGCAAACAUUUGGACCCUUCGACCGGACCCUGAAGGCAUUACCUCAGUGCCCAGGGAGUCAGUAAAUAAUCCACUUACAGAAGAUGCCUACAGGCAAUAUUACGCUCUUUACAACAACGGGCAAGGAUCUUUCGUUGGAGAUGAUAUGGAAGGCUUAACGGACCUAGGCAGAUAUCUGUUCAAUUCUGGAACCUAG